AUGGAAUAUGCAAAAUCGCGCAAAGGGCCGCUGCCUGGAGGUCGCCAGGGCGCGUCUGGAGCUAGCGCUGGACGCGACAGCAUGCGAACCGCCAGCCGAGCGAAAGGUGCUGCACGACCACCCAUCAGCCCCUCGCAUCCAUCAUCCCCACCAGCUGGCUUGGUGUCGGCAGGGUCUUCGCGGGCCCAGCAAUCGGCACCCGCCACUAGUGGAGUACGCCGCAUGCGAUGGACAACCGAAAUGAAUACUAACGCAUUGCGGGCGUAUUAUAGGGUGAAAGGGGGAGAAGUUGGAGGUUUGGCGUAUCGGGCUAGGAUGCAUCGUCUUUUAGCUGAGCUGGAGCCAUCUUUAACCGUCUCAGAGCAAAACCUGGCAGACCGGGUUCGGUAUAUCUUGCGCUCAAAUAUAUUUGAUAUCGCCGAACUCGAACGACUACGACGUGAGGCUGUUCCCUCAUCGGAUGAAAGUGCCCAGGAACUGGAAUUAGAGCAUAUGAGGAGUACAUUGGAAGAGGCGAUUGUGGAAACGCGCAGUACGCCCCUCGAAAAUCGACCGCGACUUCCCCGCAUAGCCCUAAGCAAGCGGAAUCGGGCUGUCGUGAGGGCUCUGAACCCAAUGCCGGUGACCUAUUUGGAAGCCGGCCGGGACCUUUGCGAGACGGACUCAAUUAUUUUUGGCGCCGCAUUGGCAGUGUGCCGUAUUAUAGGCGCCAAACUUUCCACGGCUGGACGCGCUACUUUACAAAGUAGCGCUAUCCCAGCCUGGAGAAUAAGAAUUGAAGAACGUAUCGCAAAGGCUAGGGCCCUUAUCGCCAGACUGAUAUGCUUCAGGUCAGGCAACAACAGGCCAAGGAUUGUGCGCACCGUCAGGAUGGCAUUUGCAGGGACAAAUGUUAGUUUAUCCCAGCCGGAUAUAAUGCAAAAACUGACGGAGCGCAUAGACGACCUGAAGCAGAGAAUCGCUGCUUGGGAAAAGCGGAUUCGAUGA